AUGGACUUUAUCACAGACCUGCCUGAGAGCAAAGGUUUUGACUCAAUCAAUAUGGUAGUCAAUCAAGGAUUAUUAAAAGGCAUAAUUACUACCUUGUGCAAGAAAAAUAUUACAGUAGAAAAAAUGACCACCCUCUUCCAAAAUAAUGUUUUCAAUAGGCAUGGGCUACCAACCAAAACAGUGUCAGACCAUAGCCCCCAAUUUACGGCAAAGUUUAUAUGA